CCUUCAAAAUUAAUUUUGAGAAAAACUAUUCGAACAGGUCGUAGCACGAUACCGAAAUGAAAUUAGCUCCCGUCACAGUGUUUCUGUUCAGAGACUCAGAGGGUUUCGCCUCUGCUAUCUCAGAAUCUCUUCACCCUAACCCUUCUUCCUCCUUCACCCGCCUAGAGGAGUCGUUUGAACUCUCUUUGGAGGGUUAUGGAAUCAAGGACCAUAAAGCAUCAGGGAAUGUUCUUCACUAUGUUGAUAAUCACGGUGUUUACAAGGUGUCAGUUGUGAUCAUGCAGCAUUAUGAGCCGCCAGUACUAGCAUGUGCUCUUAAUGAGGUCCUUGAUAAAAUUCUCAAAGGCGAUGAUCCAUCGACGAAUCCUACACUUUUGGUACCAUUUUUGGUGGAAUCAUCCAAAGUUAAAGGGAACAGUAAAUCCCUAAAAUCAGAUGAAAGCAGACCCUUAACUUAUGGCAUACAGAUUGGUCAAAUUACAGACGUAAUGCAAACCUUACAAAAGAAAACCCAGGAACCACCAUCUUCAUUGCGGAUUCAACAUGAAAAUUUUGCUUGUUUUCUUCACUUUGUUCGUGUAAUGAAGUUACCCACCUUUUUUCUUAUCGGACAAACUAGUCAAUAUUCGGACAAUAAAUCUACCAAACUGCAUGAGGCAAUUUGUGAAAUAGGUGAGAUUUUGGCUAGCAGUACAGGUCUGCAGUUUUCAGAAGACAAAGUGAUAUGGAAUCCAAAAAAGACAUCAAAAGAGAUCAAGAAGCCAUGGCACGAUUUAUAUGGUUGAAUAACAGGUCCCUUACAUUCAAACAAGGAACUAGUCUCUUCACGGGUCCGAUUCUCACAACCAUGGUCUCUUAUAGCUGUUUUCCUCUUAAGACAUUCUUAAGAAUUGUCUCCUGUACUGCGUGCAGAGAACUGAAUGAUCUGGCAUGGCAUGUAACUACAAGUUCUUUUUGUUCUUGUGGAUUUUAUUGUAUGUACUUUUCUGAGGCUCGGUUGAAUAGGUUUCAACCGAUUAAGACAUUUUCAUCGCAUACUGAACUGCUCUGAUGCAUUUACAACAGAGCCAUAGUGUUAGGAAUGAUGUUAGGCCCAUUAGAAAGAAGACCCAAUCAGUUUUAUUAAAGGAUUUUUAUUUAAAAUAGGAGUAUUUUGGAAUAGUUUAUUUUAUUUGGGUUGUCUUGUUAUUUGAAUUAAUUGGCCCAUGGCCCAUUUAGCUACCUUACCCUAGCUAUAUAUUGUAACUCUCUUUGGAGGCAGAAUUAAG